ACGGGAGGUUCCUGUCUAUGCAGCAGCUACAAGCCCGGUCAUCGCCGCUGCCCCGAGCCCGCAGACCCCGUAUGGACAACGACGGGCAUCAACAUCGGAUUGCAGGCUAGAAACACAGCAUUUACUAUGCAUCGGUUUUCCCUGUCAUUUAAAAACCACAGUCGAUACCCAUAGGAUCUCAACCCCCUAUUACACAGAAGAUCGACGGCAAACCCGGUGUCAAUCUUCUGCGGAGUCCUCACCUCAUGCCAUGACUCAGCUACCCCAUGAUGAUUUUGAGACCUGUCUGGAGAAGGCUGAAGCCUGGAUGAAAUCGAUCCACGAGAGGCUGAAAGUUAAUGACAACACACAGGGGCCCAGAUCCGCCCUGGAGUCCAGGCUGAGAGAGACAGAGAAAAUCUGCUCUCUGGAGCCAGACGGGAAGCUGCUCCUAGAUAUGGUCCUGAUGAAAGCUAAGACUCUGCUGAGUGAAAGCAGCGAGGAUGAGAAGCAUGAGAUCCUAGUGAAGCAGGGGAAGAUCAAGACUCUGUUUGACGAAACCAUUACCUACAUGACCCACUGUCACAGUCGCAUUGAGUGGGUCUGGCUGCACUGGAAUGAGUACCUGAGAGCGCGGGAUGAGUUUACUCUGUGGGUUCACAACAUCACUCUGACCCUGGAGCCGGACGUGGAGCUGCAGCUGGGCCUGAAGGAGAAAUGCUGGCAGUAUGAACAGGCUCUGGUCCUGCUGAGAGACGUCGUUAACCAGUCCAGGCUGCUGGACAGACUCCUGGAGGAAGCGGCUUCCUUGUACAACCGGAUUGGGGAUCCCAGCGUUGACGAGAGUGUCCAGAGUGCAAUGAUGGCCGAGUACAAGCAGAUCAAGAAGAAAACCAAGGAGAGAGUAACACGUCUUGAAAAGAUCUUUAAGGACCAUGAGGCUUAUGAUACGGAUGUCACUCAUUUCAAAUCUUGGCUAAAUACUGUGAUUGAAAAACUGAAAUGCUGUGUUGGAUCAGCCUCCGAUUCUACAGAGAACAGACUCAACAUGCUGCGGGAAAUCGGCAAAGAUGUGGAAAUUGGAGAGAAACAGUUGGAGGCCCUGGAGGUGAAGUCAGCGGAGGUGAUUAGGAACACCUCUCCUCUCGGUACUGAAAAAAUCUAUAAGGAGCUAGAAGAACUGCGCCGAACUCUGGCAGAACUAAAACUCAUGAACAGCGAAGAAGAAGAGAGUCUACUGAAGACAUACAACUCGGAGAAUGCCUUCAUCCUGCUUGCCCGGCAACUGCAGGCCAACAUCGCUGAGUUUAGGAAAGCCAUACAGAGGUUGGAGGAGAGUCUAGAGUGUGGAGAGAGGGUGAAGAGUGAAGAUGAGUUACUCGCACUUUGGAAAACGUUGAAUGUCACCAAGUCAGCAUUAGCUGCAGAAGAGGCCAAGGCAGAACGGGUGAAAGUCCAGCUGAAGGAUCUCUUCAAAUUCUCCAAGGAUGUCCAGCCGUUAUCUGAUGAGGUCAUAGCUGCGAUGCGCGACUACCAAAGAGUGAAGAGUAAAGCUUUUAAGCUGAGCACUGAGACGGAAUCUGAGCUCAGGCAGCUAUUCCAGAACCCACUACGGGAAUUCCUCUACUGGAAAGUGAUAGCUGAGAGCGUCCUGGACUCCACCGCCGUUCCUGUGAAUGAUGGUGCCAUGAACCAGGACUCCAUGGACAAUAUUGAGAGGUUAUUAGGGGAGAGCAGCGCUAUUAAGGACAAGCUGGCAGCAUUAGAGCAGAAGAAGGAGCGGAUACACAGCGUCCUCGGUGAUGACAAAACCAGGGCUCUCCUGAGUGAUAUCUCCGCAGCCGAGAAGGAGAGAGCCGCCCUGCACCAAGAUCUGCUGCAGAGGAAGGACACCUUACAGAGUUUGGCUGUGCAGAGUGAAGAGUUUGAUUCAGUGUUCAAGGCGCUGCACAAGCAGAUGUCAGCCAUCAGAGUUAAAGUCGCCAAGGAAAAUGAGCUGCAGCCGGAUAUUAUUGGGAAACAAGCGCAACUUCAGCGACUGCAGAUGCUGCUGGAGGACUUAACGAAACUCAGCUCGCCUAUCAAGGCGUUGCGUUCUAUGACCGAGUCAAACCCCACCCAGGCUCAUAGAGCGAGCCAGCUGUCGUCAGAUUACCUUAUGCUGCAGAGGUCUCUGGAGAAUAACAUAAGGAAAAGUAAAGAGAAUAUUAAUAACCACUGGUUAUUCAACAAGACACUGCAAGACCUCCAGCACUGGAUCAUGGUAACCCGAGGGAGGCUGGAGGCAUACCAGGACGGCAGCAAGGAAUGGGAGGAGAGAGAUAUUGAGGUACUGCUGGUUGAGAGCUCAGAAAAGGAUCUCCAGCACCUUCAGGUGGAGGCACAGGGUCAGCAGGUGAUUGAAACCUCUUCCCCAGAGGGAGCAGCCGCCAUCCACUCUGAGAUACAGCAGCUCAUAGAGUCUUGGGACUCUCUACAGCAGAUGAUUCAGCAGUUGUCCAGGACCCUGAAAGAGAGAGAGCAACAGAUAAGAAGUCCCAAACCGGGGAGAAGGCCGACUGCUGUCCCCGUAAAUCAGACAUCUGGUCUCUUUCCAGAUAUGGAUCCACACAGCUCCUCAAAGUAUGGCAAGAGCGCAGACUCCAACAAGAUGGACACCAGCAGUGUCAACCAUGAUGGACACGUAACUGGAAUUAGUGUGCAAGAUGACAAUGGUCAUAUUGGAGCACCAGGAGCCCAAGGACUUAUACAAGGUGCCAGCGGCCAUAAUGGAGUGCCAGAAAAACAAGGACUUAUGCAAGGUGACAGCGGCCAGAAGGAUGUGCCAGGAAACCAAGGACUUAUACAAGGUGCCAGUGGCCAGAAGGGUGUUCCAGGAAACCGACGACUUAUACAAGGUGACAGCGGCCAGAAGGGUGUGCCAGGAAACCAAGGACUUCUACAAGGUGACAGCGGCCAGAAGGGUGUGCCAGGAAACCAAGGACUUCUACAAGGUGACAGCGGCCAGAAGGGUGUGCCAGGAAACCAAGGACUUAUACAAGGUGCCAGCAGCCAGAAGGGUGUGCCAGGAAACCGAGGACUUAUACAAGGUGACAGCGGCCAGAAGGGUGUUCCAGGAAUGGGACUUAUACAAGGCGCCAGCGGCCAUAAUGGUGUACCGGGGUACCAAGGACUUAUAGAAGGUGACAACGAUCACAUAGGUGGGCCAGGAAUCCAAGGACUUAUACAAGGUGCCAUUGGCCAGAAGGGUGUGUCAGGAAACCGAGGACUUAUACAAAGUGACAGCGGUCACAUAAGUAUGCCAGGAAACCAAGGACUUAUACAAGGUGCCAUCGGCCACAAGGGUGUGCCAGGAAACCAAGGACUUAUGCAAGGUGCCAGCGGCCAGAAUGGUGUGCCGGGAAACCAAGGACUUAUGCAAGGUGCCAGUGCCCAGAAGGGUGUGCCGGGAAACCAAGGACUUAUAGAAGGUGACAGAGGUCACAUAGGUGGGGAAGGAAACCGUGUACUUAUACAAGGUGCCAGUGGCCAUAAUGGUGUGCAAGGAUACCAAUUACUUAUACAAGGUGACAGUGGUCACAUAGGUGGGCCAGGAAACCAAGGACUUAUACAAGGUGCCAAUGGCCAGAAGGGUGUGCCAGGAAACCAAGGACGUAUACAAUAUGACAGCGGUCACAUAGGAGGGCCAGAAAACCAAGGACUUAUACAAGAUCCCAGCGGCCAAAAGGGUGUACCAGGAAACCAAGGACGUAUACAAGGUGCCAUCGGCCAGAAGGGUGUUCCAGAAAACCAAGGAUUUGUACUAGGUGUCAUCGGCCAGAAGGGUAUGCCAGGAAACCAAGGAUUACAAAGUGAAGACUUGUCCAGCACUGACCAUGAACCCGGAAGACUCAGUGACACAGGAAGACCUGACACCGGUACACAGCCGGCAUUCCAGCAGGCAGGGAGCGCCGUCAGAAUUAUAAGUUCUGGAUAUGGAGCACGUUCUCCUGGUCAAUCAGAGAAGUCUGAAAUCCAAAGUCCAGCAUCAGGGAGGAUAGAUGUAAUCUCCAGAAUAACACGGACGACUGAUUCAGGCGUAAUCACUGCAGGUGGAGCCAGGGAGUUUGGAAAUGCUAGACAUAUUGACAGCACUGACACGGACAGCAAUCCAUCCACUGACAGAGGACAGACUGACUAUAGAGAGAGCAAUGCUAACGAAGCACAUGGAAGCGCUAACCCGAGCAGUAUUGAAGGUGAAUCCAGAAACACAGACGCAGGAUAUGUACAGUCUGGUGGCUUCAUCAGGUUUACCGGUGUUGACCAUGAAACGAGAUCACCCGGCAGGUGGGCAACGCCUGUGAAGAGUCCAUCAGCAGGAAUGGGGGUAGAGCUGACAUCCAGCACUGAUACUGACGGUAAUUCAUCUACUGAUAGAAGAAAAACGGGCCAUAGAACAAUCAAUAAUAACAGAUUGCAAGGAUUUGGACAAACUGAAAAACCGAGCAGUACUGGGCACGAAACGUAUAGACUUACUGCUACAGGACAAUCUGAAACUGGCUAUAUCACUACAGACGCAGGAUAUGAGCAGUCUGGUGGCUUUAUCAGCACUGAGACUGACGGAAAUUCAACCUUUGAUAGAAGACAAACUGACAACACAAAAUACGAUAAUAACCGAGCACGAGGAUUUGGACAAACUUGGAAAGCGAGCAGCACUGACCAUGCUACCUAUAGACUUACUGAUUCAGGGACGUUCAGCAUUCCCGACGCAGGAAAUCACCAAUCUGCUGGCUUCAUCAGGUUUACCAGCACUGACCAGGGAAUGAGAUCCCCCGGCGAAUGGACACCGCCUAGUAAGAGUCCUGCAGCGGGAACAGGAAUAGAUCUGUCAUCCAGUUUUGUUGUAGGAAAUAAUGUGAAAGAAGGUGACGGAAAAUCUCCUAAUAAUCAUGGUACUUUCAGGAGACAUCGGAAAUUAGUGUCGCUCGCAGAGUCCGUGGAUAUUGUGGAUUCUCCCUCCGCACAGAGUAUAAGGGGGAACAAGACAGGUGACGAUCACAUGACACUUCUGAUGGAGUUUGAGCACUGGCUGCAGGCUGAGAAUUCUAAAUUAAACAGGAUAUGUGCAGCUGAAAUAUCCAGCAGCGACGGAAUACAAACAAAGCAGAGUAAACUGCAGAAAUUACAGUGCCGGGUUCCUCAGGGACAGAAGCUCUUUAACUCCCUCCUGCUCUGCAGGUCGGCCAUGACGGUGACUGAGGAUCUCAGAUUGGAAGAUCUGCGCUAUCGCUGGAUGCUUUACAAAUCCAAACUCCAUGAUUCUGGAAACCAUACGAAUCUGGAUGUGUUGCAAGAACCCAGAGUAAUAAACAAGAAAUCGGGAGGACUGUGCUCCUUCCUGCACCGCGUCUGCUCUGCCGCCCUCCCGCUGCAGCUCUUGCUCCUCCUCCUCUUACUCCUGAUGUUCCUACUCCCUCUGCUGCUCGAGUCAAAGAACUGCGCCCUUUCCAACAAUUUUGCUCGCUCCUUCAACCUAAUGCUAAAGUACGAAGGACCCCCUCCCACCUAGGGACAUCGCAAGUGUCCCAGACAUACUGUAUUGUUUUUAUUCUUCUAUAAUAUGGCAGCUGUACCUCCAUAUUGUACAUAUUAUUGUUGGCAGAUGCUGACAUGGCGAUUAACCCUUUCACGGCCGAUGGGGUCUGAUGCUGGGGGAGGGAUAGUCAAGUAUUGUUGGCGUCAGCAACUUGAGAGGGUUAAUCGCACUCUGUACAUAUUUCUGAUGUAUAUAAAAGAAGCGACAGCAUAUUAUAUAUUUUAUACAUUGUACCAAUGCUUUUUUUUUAUAUAUACAUAUAUUUGUGUAUCUUGUUUGUAUGUUUUGAUAUUGAGAAUCACAGAUCACUGUGAGUAAUUGAUUUGGAAUAAGUUACAUUAAGUUGUAAACCCCCUUAUCACAUGUGCAGAGAUUAUGUAACAAUGUAGUGUGUUUAACAGGCAACAGAAUGUGAUGGUAUAUAUACAGCAUACAAACACAGUGAUCAUUAACCAGCUACAGAACCACAGGUCACAUGACAUCACCCUUUAUACUCCUGUAUCCACGUGCUGGUACUGGUCUACCAAAUCUCAUGGGAGUUUUAGCAUAUUAUCCUGUCCUCUUGCUCUAAUCUGUAUGUCACCACCAUAAAUUUCAGUAUUUUCCUCUUAUCUAUACUGUUUUUUUUUAUUUAUAUAUGUAAAUCUGAGUUGCGAUCCUAUAUAUCCUAUAUUUCUCUUUAGCUAAACUGCAAAUCCCAGCAUGUUAUUCCAGCUUUGUGUAAGAAUUUAUGGGGAUCCGCCUUUAGGACUUUUACAGCUACACACAGAGGUCACAGGUGCGGUAACCUUGGUUCUAAUUAUUUCAUUUCUCGACAGAUGACCAAUAUAAACAAAAUACAUCAAACAUGUCAAAACAUACAGAAUAGCAAUCUGACAUUGUAUCCUGAGAAUCAGCCAAAACCAAGUGCUGCACUAGAUUAUUUUAAACCAUCAAAUAUCAAUUUAUGACCAGCAGCCUAUCCUAAAGUAGAAUUAAAGGAUAUAAGAAGUCACCGAGACAUUCUGUGACCACAUAAAGGCAGGGUAUUCAGUACCCGUGUAUUACAUGUUCUCCUGAUGAAUACUGACAAGGUGAUACAGUUAUGAUCUGCCCAUAACAAUAUUAUCUGCAGGAAGUUCAUCCCCUGUGCCAGUAUGCAUGUACUGGGCUUCCUAUGGCGCCCGCCCAGACUCUCUCUCAGCCUUUACUUCUUUAUAUGUUCUCUGAAAACAUUGUUACUAGAGCUUACUCUACUACCCACACUAAUGCCCCAUAGUAUUUACCAUACUCCCUCCUAUACUACCCACAGUAAUGCCCCAUAAUACUUACCAAACUCCUACUUGUACUACCCACACUAAUGCCCCAUAAUACUUACCAAACUCCCACUUAUACUACACACACUAAUGCCACAUAAUACUUACCAAACUCCCACAUAUACUACCCACACUAAUGCCCCAUAAUACUUUCCAUACUCCCUCCUAUACUACCCACACUAAUGCCCCAUAAUACUUACCAAACUCCCACUUAUACUACCCACACUAAUGCCCCAUAAUAUUUACCAUACUCCCUCCUAUACUACCCACAUUAAUGCCCCAUAAUAGUUACCAUACUCCCCCCUAUACUACCCACACUAAUGCCCCAUAAUACUUACCAAACUCCCACUUAUACUACCCACACUAAUGCCACAUAAUACUUACCAAACUCCCUCCUAUACUACCAACACUAAUGCCUCAUAAUACUUACCAUACUCCCUCCUAUAUUACCCACACUAAUGCCCCAUAAUAUUUACCAUACUCCCUCCUAUACUACCCAGACUAAUGCCCCAUCACACUCAACCUUCUUGCACCUAUACUACUCUAAUCAUUGUCAUUUUACACAUACAUUGCUUCCACAGAUACUGCCCAGACUAAAACUCACACAUACACUGCCCACAUAUACUGCCCACACUAAAACUAACAAACUUCAUUAAACCUAUCCUACUCUUACAUAUACUACACACACUAAUGUCCCCUCACAUCUACCCUACUCCUACCUAUACUACUCACACUAAUGCACCCCCACACCUACCCUACUCCUACCUAUACUACCCACACUUAUGUCCCCUCACACCUACCCUACUCCCACCUCUACUACUCACACUAAUGCACCCCCACACCUCCCCUACUCCUACCUAUACUACUCACACUAAUGCACCCCCACACCUACCCUACUCCGACCUAUUCUACCCACACUAAUGUCCCCUCACACCUACCCUACUCCUACCUAUACUACUCACACUAAUGCACCCUUACACCUACCCCACUCCCACCUAUACUACCCACACUAAUGUCCCCUCACACCUACCCUACUCCCACCUAUACUACUCACACUAAUACACUCACAUCUACCCUACUCCCACCUAUACUACUCACACUAAUGCACCCCCACACCUACCCUACUCCUACCUAUACUACUCACACUAAUGCACCCCCACACCUACCCUACUCCUAUCUAUUCUACCCACACUAAUGUCCCCUCACACCUACCCUACUCCUACCUAUACUAAUGCACCCCCACACCUACCCUACUCCCACCUAUACUACCCACACUAAUGUCCCCUCACACCUGCCCUACUCCCACCUAUACUACUCACACUAAUACACUCACAUCUACCCUACUCCCACCUAUACUACUCACACUAAUGCACCCCCACACCUACCCUACACCUACCUAUUCUACCCACACUAAUGUCCCCUCACACCUACCCUACUCCUACCUAUACUACUCACACUAAUGCACCCCCACACCUACCCUACUCCCACCUAUACUACCCACACUAAUGUCCCCUCACACCUACCCUACUCCCACCUAUACUACUCACACUAAUACACUCACAUCUACCCUACUCCCACCUAUACUACUCACACUAAUGCACCCCCACACCUACCCUACUCCUACCUAUUCUACCCACACUAAUGUCCCCUCACACCUACCCUACUCCUACCUAUACUACUCACACUAAUGCACCCCCACACCUACCCUACUCCCACCUAUACUACCCACACUAAUGUCCCCUCACACCUACCCUACUCCCACCUAUACUACUCACACUAAUACACUCACAUCUACCCUACUCCCACCUAUACUACCCAUACUAAUGUCCCCUCACACCUACCCUACUCCGACCUCUACUACUCACACUAAUGCACCCUCACAUCUACCCUACUCCCACCUAUACUACCCAUACUAAUACACCCUCACAUCUACCCUACUCCCACCUAUACUACCCAUACUAAUACACCCUCACAUCUACCCUACUCCCACCUAUACUACCCACACUAAUACACCCUCACAUCUAUCCUACUCCCACCUAUACUACUCACACUAAUGUGCUGUCACACCUUCUCAAAUGCUUAGUCACAUUUACUCUAUUCCCAGAUAUACUACCCAGACGGAUGCCACAUGACACUUACUCUCUCCACACCUAUACUACCCACAGUAAUGCCUCCUGACACCUACCCUACUCCCACCUACAGAUGAAGCCACACUUAUCUUGGCUUCUCUGCUGCGCCUAGGGACACCAUGGUUUAUUAGCAUAAACCCUUCAUCUAUUAUUUUCAACUGCAAUACAAUACAGAGAGAACAAUACAUCAGUGGAUUAAGUCAUUACAGCAGGGGAUUAAGUCCGACUGCCCUGGCUCAAUUAAUCCUAUUAAAGGCCAAGAUAAAGGUGGCUCCAUCUGUAUACUACCCACAUUAAUGCCCCCUCACACCUACCCUACUCCCACCUGUACUACCCAUACUAUUACACCCUCACACCUACCCUACUCCCACCUGUACUACCCAUACUAAUACACCCUCACACCUACCCUACUCCCACCUGUACUACCCAUACUAAUACACCCUCACAUCUACCCUACUCCCACCUAUACUACCCACACUAAUACACCCUCACAUCUACCCUAUUCCCACCUAUACUACUCAAUCUAAUACACCCUCACACCUACCCUACUCCCACCUGUACUACCCAUACUAAUACACCCUCACAUCUACCCUACUCCCACCUAUACUACCCACACUAAUGUCCCCUCACACCUACCCUACUCCCACCUAUACUACCCGCAAUAAUGCCCCCCCCCCCCCCCCACACACACACACACACACACACCUGUCCCAAUCUCCUCUCUGAGCCAUACUCCUCCCUCUUGUCCCGGCUGUGGCUUUUUCCUAAUAGAUUGUAAGCUCUUACUCUCUGUUUUCAUGCCUGUAUUUACUUUGUGUAAUUUGUAUGUCCCUGUUUUAUGUGAAUCCUGAUUGUAUCCAGCACAGCACUAAGACCUGGCUUAAAUGAUAAAUCUGCCAUUGUUUUUAUGCCUAAACAGAAAUUUGACGUGACUUCUAUUAUUCCCAUGUAGGAAAAAGUUAUCACAUCAUGUAUAAGGUUAUGCUUUGCUUACAUAAAUAGCACAUGUAUUACACAAAUACAGCCAGUUACAGAAGUUAUAUAUACAGUAAUUAUCUAACUUCAUUUGACUUUAUUUUGUUCUUUUAUCAAUGCCCUCCUGCAACUUUUACUACCUACAGGUCUUUAUAGUUUAAUCUGUCUUCUGGGUCACCAAACCAUAUAUAUCAUCAAUGCAAAGUUAUUGGUAUUAUUGGUGUCCUUGGAUACCACACAAAACUGCUCUGUGGAUGAAGUUGCAUCCAAUACACUAUAAAUGAUAUAAAGAGAAAACAUUUUCUAAACGUUACACGAGGACAUAUACAAAGCACCACCUUGAAGCUGUCUAAUUGAGGACUGUCUCUUUUAAUAUUCUAUCCCAAAUCCUAUAGCCUGCGAGAGGUGGCCAAUGCAAAAUCUUGGCACUAUAACCUCGAGAUUUAAAGCAGAUUUUUUUUCAAAGGCAAAACCAACCUUGUUUUGUUUUUUAUUAAAUUGCCCAUAUAAAUCCUGAGGUCCCGUUGCCAUAAUCUCACCACCGCCCACCACUCGCAGGCUAUGGCGUUUGGGCCUUUGUCUUUUAAUGCCAUUCUGUGGGAACUUGAUGAAUCAUUCUAGUUAAAAUAACCAAUCUAGUCAAAGAAAAGGUGUCGCUGAAUGUGACUGUUAUUGUAGUAUUAACGUCUUUAUAGACAGUAAAAUAAAUAAUUGUAAACCAGACUGGGGACACUGGAGAAGUGAGAGAUAAAAGGUCGGUGUAUGGUAAGACUAGUAACUGCUAGAAGGCAUGGAGAAUAGCUUGACUUUAUUAUUUUAUGUAACAUGAGUAACUACUGGAAAAAAGCAGCUUUCACGACACGUCCUGGAAAUUUAAUUAGAGUUGGCUGCUCAUUCCCUAAAAGCUGAAGGUUUCCCCAAAGUGACCUAACCAUAAAGUGACAUCAAGGGGAUUUUAUUUUACUUCUUCUUGCCCUGUCACAGUUAACCCACAUUGCAGUUCCUAGGUGUCGGCUUAGAGAGGUAAAAUGGCAGAAGCCUCACUUCAGUACAUUAUACGCACUUAAAUAAAAUGGUGUUAUGUAACCGUAGCAACCAAUCAGAUUAUGACUAUCAUUUUUGCUGUUAUUAAAUAAUGAUACAAACAUCUGAUUGCUAUAUACAUGACAAAUAAGUAUAUAUUACAUUAUUAAAUUAGAAUAUUUAUUUGCUUAUUUCUCACAGACAGGUUAUUGCCAUUAUUAUUGUACAGAAUACAUAAAGAGGUUGGCGCAGAGGGAGUGCUGCGCCAGUUGAUGUGUGCUGCGCCAAUUGAUGCAUGCAUUCACACAGCACAUGCCCAAAAACAAAUGCGCCCAUGUUUCUGACAGUUAUAUGUAACUGUGCCCGACCUGUACUCUGAGGUCAUUUGUGCGAUUCUGCCAGUUAUAUCUAACUGUGCCCGACCUGUACUCUGAGGUAAUUUGUGCGAUUCUGCCAGUUAUAUCUAACUGUGCCCGACCUGUACUCUGAGGUAAUUUGUGCGAUUCUGCCAGUUAUAUCUAACUGUGCCCGACCUGUACUCUGAGGUACUUUGUGCGUCAUCUGAUGGAGGCCACCAUUUUGGCUCCCAAAACCUCAGCGGAAGAUUUCAGUGUAGUAAAAUAGUUUACUGGAUGCCACAAGAUUAGUAGAAAUAAUAUUUAAAUUGUAUUCUUUAUGCAGCCCUAAUUCUUGGAAAAUGUAAUAGGACACACAGGAGAAUUGGAAAUAAACAUUUCUGCACGAAAGGAUAAAUCUGGAAAUCAGUGUAAUGCUUAAAUCCAUUUUACAUUAUUUUACAGCAGAAUAAAUUGUAUUAAAUGUCAGCCUUGAGGUGAACUAAAGCUGUCUCUGGGCGUAGGUAGGUCACUGUGACUCUUUCAUCUAGAGAUAACAUUUUGCAAGAUUCUGUUUAUUUUUUAUCUAACUAAAGAAUAUAACUUCAUCCAACUUUCUUUGGCUGGAUGAGUUCAUUAAUAAUAGUAAAGCUACCGGGGAAUACUAUUUUCCUGAGGUAAGCUUUCAGACUGCUUCAUUCGCUAAUCCACAAGGUUGAGGAUGAAAUAGAAUGACAGACUAAAAUGCCCCAUUGUAAUCAGGAAAGGAAGUGUAAUAAAUAGCCCUGAUGUGGAUUUGAAAUACAAUAUAUGAUAUCUAGAAUGUAACAGUAAUAGUCUCAGGUGAAGAAAGUUCAAGGACCGACUGAGAUGGAGACAAGAUAGGGGUCAACACAUAUGGAGGCCAUUCAGGAACAAAUUCAAAUGGAGGCCAUUCAGAGAGAGACUGAUCAUAGAGGAUGUGAGUAGAUGGAGAACGUUUAGGGACAGACAGGUGGAGGCCAGGGACAGACUGAGGCGGAGGCCGCUCAGGGACAGACUGAAAUGGAGAUUGCUCAGGGACAGACUGAGGUAGAGACCGCUCAGGGACAAAUUGAGGUGGAGACCAUUCAGGGUUAAAGUGAGGUGGAGACCAUUCAGUGAGAGACUGAGAUGGAGACCUUUCAGGAAAGAAUGAGGUGCAGACCAUUCAGGGACAGAAUGAGAUGGAGAUUGCUCAAUGACAGACUGAGAUGGAGACAGCUUAAGGGGAUGGAGACCAAUCAGGGAGAGACCGACAUGGAGACAGAUCUUGGAGAUGUAGAUGGUUUAUAUGGAAUGUCAUAGUAAAGAAUUAGUACGUGGGACGAGGGGAAAGAAUAGAUGAAGAUCAUUUAGUAGAUUGUUUCAUUGCUGAAAUGGGAAUAGGAGAAAAAAAACAAGUAGGCCUAAUCAUGUGAUGCUCCAUGUGGUACAGAAUUAUUGUAUAAAAAUAUGCAAAGAAAUAUUAUUAAAGAGACCAGUUUUUCUUCAUAAAAAAUAUCCACAGUUUACUAUAACCAUUUAUUUUUCUUGCAAGUUCAUUAUCUGUAGUGAUAGAUCCUGCCGAUAACAGUUACAUUAGCUAUACUACUAGUAUAUAAACUGCCGGCAGCAAUUCUAACCGUGGCUGGGAAUAUUGAGGGUUGUGGUGGAGACCGAUAUAUUCAUCAAGUUCUCUAAAGUUUUUCUGUAAGUUAUUAUAAUGUCCUGCUAAGAUGUGCUUCAUUUAGAAGUUCAUGCCCUCGUUGGUCCUAUCAGACAAUUCUUCCUAGAUGCCCAUUUUGCUUCUUCUUUACCCGUCUCUUUCCUUGUCUCACAUUUGCCCGUUAUCUAUCGUAACAUACCACCCUCCUGUUUUUUUGCCUGCCGUCCCUCAUCGCCACUAUUAGGAUCCAUUCAUAACCAUUCAAAUCUAUAUUAGUAGAGUCUUCAGCUAACAUUCUUCCUACCACCCUGGUGAUUUAUAAUACCCACUUGAAAUACGCAUAAGACUUGCACAGUUUAAAAUGCAAGCACUUUGGGGCAUAGAUUCCUAAAAUCUUUCACGCACUUAUCUGUAUAUUGUUUCAUGUAUUUUCAUUAUAAAUUGAUUUUGUACAUGGACAGGGUAUAAUAAAAACAAUACCUAAACUCAA